AUGGGCGAUUACUUCAAAUUUAGACUUCCAUCAACUAUAGGUUCCGAAGGCGAAAUUACCUCUCACUUACAUUCUCGCACUUUUGCAUCUAUUUUUGACUUAUCAUUUUAUAAACAUAUAAUGAUAAGCUGCAAAAAUGAGGGUAAAUUUUUGGAUUCUUUAAUUUCCGGGGAUAUAUCAGGAUUGAAGUGUGGUCAAUCGUGCGACACAUUCAUUGUAGAUAAUGGAAAAAUAUUCGACCUAAUAACCCUGUUCAAAUUGGAUAAUAAGAUUCUAAUAUCCACCUAUGGCAAUAUGGGUGAUACACUAAAUAUUGUUAAGGCAUCCGCCAAAAGUGCAGAUGCACAGGUUGAUGUGAUAGAUAGUACUACAAUUUAUGUCGAAGGGCCCACCGCUACAAAAGUGCUGUCCGACACACUCAAUAUCGCUUCACGAAUCAAGGGCUUGGAUAACAACACCGGGACCAAACUUGAUCUAUUCAACAACAAAUGCUAUCUGAUCAAACGGGGUCUAGUCCCUGAUGAUGCAUAUCAGAUUAUAAUUACUAGCGGGGAAUCUGAUAUUUAUAGACAGAUUCUAACACACGAGACCCUUAUGCCAGCUGGAAUGAAUACUUAUUUGAGUAUAGCUCUGGAAUCCGGUAUAGCGAUACCGGGAGUUGAUAUAAACCAAGAGUUAACCCCGCACGAAGCAACAAUGCCUCAUUGCAUAUCCAAAGCAAAGAGUGAGCGGUUUGAAAAAGGAGUUUUGAGAAGAUAUUUGUUAAAAUUAAAUGAUGGACCUAUACCUACGCCUCAAUCUAAAAUUUUUUCCAACGAUUGUGAGGUUGGUAAAGUCACUUCCGUAUAUUUUUCACCAAUAUACCAAUCUUUGCUAGCCUCAGUACUAAUAAAAUACACAAACGGCGCAGAUAUUGGUAAUUUGAACAUACUUUCAGACAAUGGCACGACACAGGCGCAUGUAUUGAACAAGAAAAAGUAA